GUCUAAUGUAGUUACUAGCUGGUUACUAGUCGGUUGCAGGGUGUGUGUGUGAUGUGCUGUAGUCACCUUUGUGAUAAUAAUUAAUUUAAUCAUUAUCACAAGAACUUGAAAAAUACAUAUAAAGUUGCCACCGUCAUAGUGCAGUUAUCGAAGUGAUAUUAAAACCCAUCUUUAAUAACAAGUUUUGUAUUACAAAAAAUUGUGCAACAUUGUAGGGAGCUAGCAAUCCACCAUGGGUGAUGUGGCUAAACAGUUCAUUACACAAUUUCACAACCUUCCAGGCGAAACUAUAAAAGAAAAACAGCAAAAUUUGUACAAAUUGCUACAGCAGCAUGGCACGCUCAAAAACGAGCCAAAGAUAUUAGCAACUAUUGCAGCGAACUUGGUACCAAAUAACCACCUGGAAAAAAUUUUACGAACAGACUUCCUGAUUUACUUUAAAGUAUUUGACAGCCUUUACAAAGAUUUUAUGAGUGGUGAUGAAAUUACCAUAAAGAAACUAUCCAAACAAGAGUGGUUUUUCCAACGGGCCUUCAAAGAAGUUAAUUAUGAAGAAUUCACCAACAGUAUUUUGCCAACCAUUUCUUAUUCCCUGAAACUGAAGAUUUUGAAGAAACUACCUGUGGAAGAGGAGAUUGCUGAUCAAUUUUUUGAUGCGGUUUGCAAACGAUAUGGAACUUUUGUUGCCACUGUUUUACUCCCAAAAUGUUCUAGUUUAAAAAUUAAAGAUACCAUUAAGCGUUAUCCAGUUAAGCUCAGUGUAGCUCAGUUGAAGUCAAUUUUUAACAAAGAUCCUGAUUUAAUUUGUGUGUAUGUGGAGGAAAGAACAAAGAUUGAAGGCACUUCUGCUUUCAUAAAUAAUAAUCCAAUUCUCACAUAUAUAGCACAAAAAAAUCCAAAAUUGUUUACUGACUUAUAUGAUAAAUAUAGUUUUUCCACCACUUUGGGUCGUAGGACAACGAAAGGUGUAGUCAGUUCCCAAAAAGACACUGUUGUACAUAAUAAGGAGGACUACUUAAAAAUUUUGAAUAACGGUGUAAUGGUCAGAAAAGUUGGUUCAGAAAUCAAAGAUAUACUUUUUGAGAAGCGUCCAAGUACAAACCAACUAUACUGGAAUUCGCUAAUUUGGCAUUAUCCUAAACACCAGCAGUUUGAUAUAUUUGAGACAACGUACAACUCCUUGCAUUGCCACAAAUUUGCCGAAGAUAUUAACGCAGUUUUUGAAGAUAUGUUAAAAAUGAUGCCAAAUGCACAAGAAAGAGAAAAAUUAGCCUUAUUGAAAAUGGAACUAGAGUGCGAAAAGGAUUACUUAAAGUAUGUUACGUCAAAUUAUUGCCUAAAAGAAUUAAUGAAUAAAAUAAAUCAUUUAACAACGUCAGAGAGAGCAAAGUAUAUUGAAUUAGCGACAGAAUGUUGUUGUCUGAAUAAAGAUAUGACUUCGCUAGAAAAACUUUGUGAAUUAGUCUGUGUAAGAUGUAAGAAUGAUGAUGCAUCAAUCAGAAGAGCUUUUUUAAGCAAACUGAGUUCUUAUAAAGGUGUUUUGGAAAUGUUGGGUGAAGAACAUUGGAAAUAUAUUAUAGAGGCUAUAGCAACUGAGAAAGCAAAAAAAGGAUGGAUCUGCGGCGAAAGUGAUAUCAUACUAAACGCUGUAAAGUAUUUAGUGAAGAAUGAUAAAUCUUUAAAAGAGUUAAUACUAAAAUGUAAACACGACAGGGAUGGUAUUCUUAUAUUUUGUGGGAUUAUCAAUGAUUUCAAGUCUGUUAAACUUUUAAUAAGUGAAUUCCUUGAAACUGAGUUUGUAAAACCAAGUUCUGAUGAUCCAUUACAAGCGGCUGUAUGUGAUUGUGAGCUUGCUUACUUUUGCAAAAUCUACAAUACAAAAUACCCUAAUGAUGCGAUUUCUAUUUUUGAUAAUUCACGAAUCAUUAAAUCAGUCAAACAAAUGUUAGAAGAUGGAAGUGAUAGAUAUUUGGCAACAUACCAACUCGAAGGCAUACAAUAUAUUGUUUGUCAGCAGAACUCAAACGAAGAAAUACAGCAACUGAAGAAACUGUACUUUCAAUCUUUUGAUUCAUUUGGUACGACAAGAGGAUUGAUUUGGUUUUUGAAGCAUGAACCAAAAACAUUACAAGAAAAUUUUGAUUAUUAUUUAAAUAUAUUCUUUAAAGCCCGAGAUCUAAAUCCAUCAAGGUUAUGGAGGCUCGUAAAAAAAUGCACUCAUUUAGAUUUAGAUCGAAGAACGGUUGAAUUUUGCAGACAGAAAUUAGCGGAAGAAGAAUUUGAAGAGAAAAAGCAUUUGAUUAGGCCAUUGACAAUUUUAUCGUCCCCAACCUCACAUUUGCAACUUAUCAAAUCAUAUGUACCAACAGUUGACAAAGUUGACUUAACAGAUGACGAUAUCAAAGACUUGUAUAAUCUUCAAGGUAAGGUUGUGAGAGUACUUCACUAUUUAAAUUCACCAACAGAAGUCAUAAAUGCCACUUUCGAUUUUUGCAAAGGCGAUUAUUUGCAAUUUGCUUUAUCUCCUUUGUAUAGUUGUAUCUACAAACUACCCGAAAGUGAGACAAAACAGUUUAUCAACAAACUGGACGAAGUUAAAGCUCUCUCGGUGAGGAAACAUGCCAUGAACCUGAGUUGUGUGAUAUAUGAUGUAGAUGACGUGUACAAUUGUUUGAAAAACGCAACAGUGCCAUCAUUAACACCCACAAUAAAAUAUUUUUCAAAAAAUCCUUCAGAGGCCUUAUGGAGAGUGAUAGAAACACAAAUUGAUGCCUUAGAGAAAAACCAAUUGUCAGUGUUAAAACAAGCACUUAAUAAAAUAAACAUACCAUUUGAAUACAAAUCCAAAUAUAUCGCGAUAGUAUGGAACGUCUUGGAUAAAUAUGAAAACAACGAACUGAAAAAGCUUCUAUUCCAAAAAAUAAACGAGGCGUCUAUUGAAAACCUGGACCCUGAAUUGGCCUUCAAUAUAAUUCGAAAGAGUAUUUUUAAAGGAAACGAAGCUAAUGACGUUGUUGCAACUAUUCUCCUCUACCUAAAGUCUGACAAAAAGUUUACAGUUUUAUCGGAUAUUUUGUCUAAUUUCAAGAAAAAUUGUUGGAAUCACCCAAAAAUGUGUAAAUCAUCAAGACAACAGUUCAAUAAAUUUAUGCUAAAUUUAUUUGAUAAAUACAUGGGUGCUGAAAAAUCCAAUGCAAAAUUUGUUACAGAAUUGAAAAUUGUGCUUGGUUCAGUUUUCACCUUGUCUGACGCUUUCGUGGAAUUAAUUGCUGUUGAGUGUAUGACUUUGAAGGAUGAAAAUUUAAAAAAUCAAAGUAAACUUUUAAUAAAAUUAAAUAAUAUUUAUACCAAGGAAUAUGGAACUUUUGCUGUAAAUUUGUUUGCCACUGUUCUCAAUAAGAAUGUUUUUAAACAUAUUUUUACUACUAUCUCCGAAAAAUAUGAGCUCUGUCAUUCGUUGCUACAAUUAAAAGAAUCCAUUAGCGAUUAUUUGCUAGUUAUUAAAUUGUUGCCCCACGAUGUACCUGAAAAGCAAAAGUACUUUGAAUUGUAUGAUACCGUUGUAAGUGAACUUAAUCAAGUGACUGAUAAAGCUGUGCAAUUAGAAUUUAAUAUAUAUUUAAAAGCUGGUCCAUAUAAAAAUAUAAAACUUGAUUGGGAAAUAUCUCGUUCAGAUAUAUCUUAACUCACCGUUUGGCGUGUGUGUGACCAGGAGUGUGUUGAGUUCUAUAGUAUUUGGGUUAUAUUAUUUUAAUUUUAAGUGAUGGAUAAGACUUAAUGGAAGAAAAGUCAAUUUAAAAUAAUCGCCGUUUGACGUGGGUGUGACUAGCAGUAUGUUAAUUUCUAUAAUAUUUAUGAUAUAUUAAUUUAAUUUUAUGUGAUGUAUAACAUUUAAUGCAAGAGUUAUAUGCUUUACUGUAUUUGUACAAAACGAGAAACAUCUUGAUUACGACACAAAUGUUAUUCAUUGUCAUUGUUAAAAAUUAUAUACAACUUUAUUUUGUAAUACAAUGAAAUUAUAUGUACUUUCUAUUAAAACUCAUUACUAAUCCCUCUCUAAAAGGAAAUAAAUAUGUUUUAUUCUUUUAUACAAGAGUUUGUGCAGUGGUAAUUAAUAAAUUUCAGACACUAGUAUCAUUUCUCAGUUAUUAGUUCUGAAGUAACUUUAAAACAUCUGCAAGAUUUCCAAGCAUUCGGUUUUGCAGAUUGAAAAUUAAAUUGCAAAAUGUUUUAUAAUUUUGAUUUUUUGACGUGACAACGUCUUAUGAUUCGAUUGAGCCGGCUGCACGCACGAAAAAACAUGACUCAUGCGGCGUUACCUCGCUCUGAGGCGUUCCAUGUAAGGCUUGAAGUGCAAGCGAGAACGCGGAACGAUUGUAAGAAAUUAAAUAUUACACAUGUUUAACAGUUGUAAAACAAUUGCUCA